AUGGAGAACGACGGCGUCCCCAACGGACCAGCGGCGCCGGCACCUACCCAGGGGACGCCGGUGGUGCGGGAGCAGGACCGGCUGAUGCCGAUCGCGAACGUGAUCCGCAUCAUGCGCCGUGCGCUCCCUGCCCACGCCAAGAUCUCCGACGACGCCAAGGAGGCGAUUCAGGAAUGCGUGUCCGAGUUCAUCAGCUUCGUCACCGGCGAGGCCAACGAACGGUGCCGCAUGCAGCACCGCAAGACCGUCAACGCCGAAGACAUCGUGUGGGCCCUAAACCGCCUCGGCUUCGACGACUACGUCGUGCCCCUCAGCGUCUUCCUGCACCGCAUGCGCGACCCCGAGGCGGGGACAGGUGGUGCCGCUGCAGGCGACAGCCGCGCCGUGACGAGUGCGCCUCCCCGCGCGGCCCCGCCCGUGAUCCACGCCGUGCCGCUGCAGGCUCAGCGCCCGAUGUACGCGCCCCCGGCUCCGGUGCAGGUUGAGAAUCAGAUGCAGCGGCCCGUGUACGCUCCCCCGGCUCCGGUGCAGGUUCAGAUGCAGCGGGGCAUCUAUGGGCCCCGGGCUCCAGUGCACGGGUACGCCGUCGGAAUGGCGCCCGUGCGGGCCAACGUCGGCGGGCAGUACCAGGUGUUCGGCGGAGAGCGUGUCAUGGCCCAGCAAUACUACGGGUACGGGUACGAGGAAGGAGCGUACGGCGCAGGUAGCAGCAACGGAGGAGCCGCCAUUGGCGACGAGGAGAGCUCGUCCAACGGCGUGCCGGCACCGGGGGAGGGCACGGGGGAGCCAGAGCCAGAGCCAGCAGCAGAAGAAUCGCAUGACAAGCCCGUCCAAUCUGGCUAG